UGGAUCUCGAGUCGGUGGUAGGUUGAGCUCUGGUUUCGAUCAAGGGCUAUCAAACCCACCCUCCGGUUCCCCCUUAUAACUCCCAGCCUCCCACCACCGGCGUCCUCGUCGGCGUUCCGAUGGCCAGUGGCGGCGGCGGCUCCGCCUCAGCUCCCUCGUCCAUGGCGCCGCCUCCCCCCUACCGCCUGGCCCGCACCCUCGCGGCCCACAGCCGCGCCGUCUCGUGCGUUAAAUUCUCCAACGACGGCCGCCUCCUGGCCUCCGCUUCCCUCGACAAGACCGUGAUGGUCUGGUCCUCCUCCUCCCUCUCCCUCCUUGCCACCCUCACCGGCCACUCCGAGGGCGUCUCUGACGUCGCCUGGUCUUCCGACUCCCACUACGUCUGCUCCGCCUCCGACGACCGCACCGUCCGCAUCUGGGAUGUCCGCUCCCCCGUUGGCGAGUGCGUCAAGGUCCUCCGCGGCCACUCCUCCUUCGUCUUCUGCGUAAACUUCAACCCCCAGUCCAACCUCAUCGUCUCCGGCUCGUUCGACCAGACCAUCCGCCUCUGGGAUGUCAAGACCGGCCGCUGCGUCCUCGCCAUCGACGCCCACGACGACCCCGUCACAUCCGUUAACUUCAACCGCGAUGGCUCCAUCAUCGUCUCCGGCAGCCACGACGGGUCAUGCAAGAUCUGGGAUGCUGCUAAAGGGACCUGCCUCAAGGUCCUCAUCGACGAAAAGACCCCCGCCGUCUCCUUCGCCAAGUUCUCCCCCAAUGGCAAGUUCAUCCUCGUCGCCACCCUCGAUGACACCCUGAAGCUAUGGAACUACUCCACAGGGAAGUUUUUAAAGAUAUACACUGGCCAUGUCAACAGAACAUACUGCAUCACAUCCACAUUUUCUGUUACAAAUGGUAAAUACAUUGUCAGUGGGUCGGAAGAUAAUUGUGUGUAUUUAUGGGACCUGCAAAGCAAAAAUAUGGUUCAAAAAUUGGAAGGCCAUACAGACACUGUCAUUUCAGUAUCCUGUCAUCCUACUGAAAACAAAAUUGCUUCUGCUGGCCUUGAUAAUGAUAGAACAGUGAGGAUAUGGAUUCAGGAUACUGCAUGAAGCUGAAAUGGCUAUGGGAUAAGAUCAAUGUAAUGCCAAUUAAUUGCUCAGGAUACGUCUAAAACAACUACUUUUUUUAUAUCUUAAUUUCAUUAUAUAUCUUUUUACUGUUUA